AUGAAUCCUGACAUCGAGGUUAUUCAGUUGUUGAGGGAGAAUAAGGUAAGGGAAUGUGUUCGGCCGCAUCUCGAGACACUGAAGGAGAUGGAGGAAUUGGAUCCUGAUGCUCUCCGUAUUGAUGCUAAAACUCCACCCGGCAUUGUGAUGUCCGAAAGGCUCGAGACCUCUGCUGUGGACUCUCCUGACUCCGAGGAGCACUCUGAUCAUGUAAGAUCUCUACCUCCUCCACACUGA